AUGGAGCAUGUAAGGUUUACAGAAAAUGUUCGUAUUCCAGGAGCUAGCCAAGUUGUUGGAAUAAAUGUUUCAGCUAGCCAAGUUGUUGGAAUAAAUGUUGCAGUUAACCAAGUUGUUGGAAUAAAUGUUUCAGCUAGCCAACUUGUUGGAAUAAAUGUUUCAGCUAGCCAAGUUGUUGGAAUAAAUGUUUCAGCUAACAAAGUUGUUGGAAUAAAUGUUUCAGCUAACCAAGUUGUUGGAAUAAAUGUUUCAGCUAAUGAAGUAGUUGAAAUAAAUGUUUCAGCUAACCAAGUUGUUCGAAUAAAUGCUUCAGCUAGCCAAGUAGUUGGAAUAAAUGUUUCAGCUAACCAAGUGGUUGGAAUAAAUGUUUCAGCUAACCAAGUUGUUGGAAUAAAUGUUUCAGCUAACCAUGUUGUUAGAUUGUCUGAGAAAGAUGGCUCCGUUAGCUGUUACAAUCAAUCGUUAUACAUCUAG